GCUUCGACCUUGAGGCUGCCAACGUGACGUAUACGUAAUCUGAUGGCGUGCCAAAGCAAUUAAUCAAGACGUCCUGCGGCAGGGCCAUAUUGGAUUGCACUUUUGUCAGCAUAAGCAUAAAUAUAUCAUAAGGGUCGCCGGGGUACGACCUUUCCUUUGUGUACGCCCCCACAGGGCGUUAAAAAUAACGCUUAAUAAUUAAUGCCACCCCGGUCAAUUAAGCUUAUUUUAAUUAUAAAAUGUUGCCAAAACCAGAACCCAUUCGGGCUUUCAGUUGAAAAAGAGAUGUUGCCGCGGUGGCUGAUACUGGUUGUGAGGGAAAAUUUGGACUACAAACCGAAGAAUUUAUUUAAAAUUUUUAUUGCCAUUUAAUAAUGCAGGUUCUGUUGUGGUUCUUGAGCCUCAUAAACUCUGAAAUAAACUGCAAAGCAGAACGGAAAAAAGCCGCAGCUUUAUCGAUCAUGUGCUGUGAGUUAACCCGCCCCAAACUAGACAAAGGAAACGCCGACUGCAAAGCCUCUCUAAACCUGCCCGUUGGGCGAAAGUUUAACUUCGCUGAGCUUUAUACGAUUAAUAUGUGCAUAGAAGAGUGUAACUACAUAAGCUCUGGCUACAUAGAAGUCGAUCCACCAUAUCACUUGGACCUGGGCAAUAUCCGCACCAACCUAGAGACAUUUAUGCCGCAGCCACAAUUGGAAUCGAUUCCCUUUAUGCUGGAAGCCUACAACAAGUGCGAGGUAUUCCGAUCGUUACACGGAGGUCGGUACACAUUCCACUUGCCGGACGUAGACUUUAUCGAGGAACCCUGCAACCCUUUUGCCCAACAGAUCACAAUAUGUAUGCGGAUCCUGGCCAUGCAAAAAUGUCCCGCCGCUUUCCAAGUGGCCAGCGAGGAAUGCCAAACGGCCAGGCAAUACUUUAUCCAGUGUGUUGGAGAUAUUGAAUCGAACCUCGCCUAGAAAAUAAUGUAAAACAAUGGGAGGAAAAAUGUGAAAACUUCGAUCCUGAACUGCUUAAAAUUGUGGAGGAAAAAUAAAAGGAAAAGUCAUAAAAGUCGUCCAACAUGAAAUAUGGCAAUUUGACUCAACGCUCUAAAUUUUGGGUCCUGGGUGCGGGUGACUCUGCUCCUGGCUGCAGUGUCACAACUGCAAAUUGAAUCAAACACAGGCACACACCC